ACUGCUGCUGACAGAGGACCAGAUAGACAUUUAUAUUGUACAUCUAGGCGGAUUGACCCUUGACCUGUUUGUUGGCUUCCUUCUGUUCUUCGACAAGACACGAUGCCUGGGGAUGUUCUUCUGUUCCAGCUUCCAUCUCAUGAACUCCCAGAUGUUCCAUAUUGGUAUGUUCUCAUGGAUGAUGCUUGCCACACAACAAGUCUUCUGUUACGCUGACUGGCCGCGACGGAUGUUCAGAAAGGUGCCUCCAUCAUUAAGAGUACUCUCCCCUGAUGACGAAGACAUUCAAACCAGCAGCCAUUGUCUAUACAACAAGGAGGAUGUCAAACCGGAAAAGGAGUCUGGAGUGGGUUCAAGAAAGUCGCCCUCAAGUGUGUUUGUGCUAGGAGCUGCCUCUCCAACCAAACCAUCUCUGUACCACAAGACAUCCAGCAUCUUCACUCUGUGCAUCAUUUUAAGCCAGCUCUUCCUGCCUUACUCCCACAGUCUCACCAAGGGCUACAACAACUGGACGAACGGCCUGUACGGCUACUCCUGGGACAUGAUGAUCCACUCAUGGUCCGUGCAGCACGUCCGCAUCACCUACGUCAAUCGGGACACUGGGGAACAGGGCUAUCUCAACCCUAAUGCAUUUUCUGGUUCUCGUCGCUGGAGUUCCCAUGCGGACAUGUUAAAGCAGUACUCCCAGUGUAUUGCCAGUCACCUGCAACGCUACAACAUCACCAACAUCGCCCUGCACUUCGACAUCUGGAAGUCCAUCAAUGACCGAUUUCAACAGAGAAUGUUUGAUCCUCGGGAGGACAUACUGGCAGCAAACUGGAACCCCUUCCAGGCCACGGCAUGGACGAUGCCUCUGUUGAUAGACCUGUCUGACUGGCGGGGAAAGCUGGCGGAGAUACAGUCAUCACUACACAACUCCACCAACCACACCGACGUUGUCUUUGUAGCAGACUUCCCAGGUCUGUUCCUGGAGAACUAUGUACAGGAAGAUCUGGGGAACACGUCCAUCACAGUGCUGAAGGGCAGGGUGGUUGUGGAGUUGGUGGAGGACCGAGUCAACUAUACGCUGAUGGAGGGAGAGACCAUGCAGGUUCCUCCGGGGGAGUUCCACAAUGUGUACACAGUCUCAACAACGUCCUCCUGCUACAUGUACAUCUACGUCAACACCACAGAAGUGGAGUUCCUGGAGAACCUCACCAAGUAUGAGAACGCAAUCACCAGCACGGAACACAAUGAUUCAGACAGCCAGGCCAACAUAACACUGACCAGGUUCCAGCAAGACCCCAUGCUGGACCAGUACAAGGAGGCUCUUGCAGCCAAGAAAGCAGAGGAAUCAAGGAAAAAGAAGACUUCCAUAGAAAGAAUAAAACAGUUCCUGGUUAAAAAAUAUAAUCUUUUUAUGAGGAGUUUUCGAUUCACUUGGGGAGCAGUGAAAAGCAUUGUUACGAACAAAUCCUUUGAUGAAUUUCUUAAUGAAACAUACGUUUGGGAGACAGAAAAUUUAAUCAAUGCCUCCGAGCUGGAUCUGUCACCAUGACAACAAGGGCCCAAGUUUCCAUGAGCUGAUUGUGAUAACAUGUGAGAAUGUGUGGACAGAUGUCGUGUAGCUUUAGUCUGUGAACUCAUAACAGCUGGUUUCAUUAAGGCUGUCUUCAGAGGAGGGUUGCCUCUGAAAUAAGACUACGGUGCCUGAUAUUAGGGAUGUCUGUUCAUAACAAAUAUAAAGAAAUGAUGGAACAGGAAACCGUUACAAACACUCUUGCUUCAGUUAUCACAAGUUUAAAAGGAGCUGUUGAAGGGUUCUAUAAAUUCAUUGAUAGUUUUGAGAAA